AUGGGUACCCCUGAGGCAGAUCUUCCGAUGCUUGCUCCUGCACCGAUCAUUGUCAAUGUGGAUUCUCUCCACAAGCACCUUGACACCUUCGUCGCAGAAUUGAAGAAAGCGAGCGAUGCACACGGGGAGUGGGACCGCUCUGUCGCUGUUUCCGACAAUCAGAAGGGGGAUAAGACUAUCUCGCCAGAUGUGCACGACGAGGUGUUGCCUCGCUUCACGGACUUCUUCAAGACCUGGACGACCUUCUGCAAAGUGUCAGAGUCCAAGGACAAGGUCUCCAGCCCGCAGGUAUCCAUGGAAAUUCUUCUCCCCCACCUGUACACGAUCUUCUCUGCAAACUACAGAGCGCCCACAUCGUUCACUGACUUGGAACCAUGGACCGCUCGUUGCAGGCACUUGGCUCAAGCUCUCACCGAGACGACGCUCAGAAAAGGGUCCCGGGCAACCGUCGUCAAGAGAUACAGCACUGGGGUGGCGAAAUCGCUCAUGACCAAAAGCGAGGCAUGGAGUAGCCUGAGAGACAUGGCGUACGGUCUUGACGGACUGACAGUGGAUGCUCUCAAGAAAGGGUUCGCGGCACAGAAGUAUCGCGCGUACCUCGGGGAAAAGUUGCAGGACGCCUACAAUGCCGCGUAUGAUCUUUCAUCCAAGAUCGACGAGGGGGUUGUCCUUUCUCGGCUCUUCGAUGAGGGCAGGAAGGCUUACAGGACCAUGCUGGACUUGCUCUACGCCGUCGCCAUCGCUGCUCCCGACCCCGCUCCCGAUCCCAAUCCCGGCGUGCGUAUGACUGAUGAGGAGGAGAAGUACCGCGUAUUCCUGCAUGAGAGGAUUGGAGAGAAGGAGAUAGGUGAUGAUACUGAAUGGGGGGAGGAGCUCAGUGAUGAUGAAUCUUAUGACAAGGUCGGUGUCGAGUGGGAGUAUGAUGAGGCCUGA